GACUAGUACGAUGCGCUCUGGCUUAACCUGAUUGGUGACAUUGUACAUUAUAAUCAGUAUUAUGGCCAGGUCCGUACGGGCUAGUCGCUGCCGCUCUGAUAAGUGAAACCGCAAACAAAGUAUAUUCAACGCGACUUUAACAGGAAAAUGUGCAAUUUAAUUUUAUAUAUUUCUAUACAACUAUAAUUAUGAAUACACCGAAUUUAACACACCUAUUCAUAUAAUGUGACACUAUACAAAAUGUGAUUCGAUCAAUGACAUGUUUAUAUGCAUAUGUAUUUGAUCUAGCGAUGAAAAACUUAUGGAGGAAGCUGCUAGUCCUGGUAGCGAUGCUAGUAUGCUUGAUAACAACGUCUGAAUCGGAAGCUGUGCUGAUAUACCCAAGGUGCAAACCUGCUGCCAACUGCGAAGAACAAGCAUUUCAAUCUGGGACUAAAUAUUAUUACAAUGUCACAGGCACAAGAGGACAGAACGGUACCCCAGCCAACCAGCAAUUAAAAGUAGGAUGGGAUAUGGAGAAGAAAGCAUUGUCAAUAUGUUGCAACUGCCGUCCUGGUGAUCAUGGGCUGGCGGUCGACGAUCCUGCUUUGCCGGCAAUGCCGAGGCCCACAGUCAUAAAAACCUUAGAAUUUGUCGGUUGUUUAGUUCCAAAGGUCUCGUACAACGAUGCAAUAAAAGCACUUAAUAUUACAUUUUCAUGUAACGAUUGUGAACUUACAUUGUCUGCAUUACCUGCGGAACCACGCCUAGAAGGCUACCAUCUGAAAGGGCUUGUAAUAAAUAAGCUUACAAUUACUGCUUUAUCCGAAAAUCCAACCACACGCCCUAAGAAGGAUUUUCUAAAUGAAUUGAAAGAAUUGAAAAAUUUAGAGCUUAAAGAAGGCGUAGAACUUGAGGAGGAGUUUAAAACACUUCUACCAAAAUCACUUGAAGCACUAUUGCUGUUUAACACUCAUCUGCUGCUGCCGCCUGUAAAUACAACGAAAAAAUACAAUCAAACUCACUGGCUGCAGCGGCUGCCCUCUUUGAAGUAUCUUACACUAGCGGAAAAAAACACUAAAUUACUGAAAAGACCGGUGGUACUACCGCCUCUAGCCUCUUUUCCGAAACUAACUACCUUGAUAUUGACGGAUAUUUUGCUAGCACCAAUGCCUGAUAAUGCAAAAUGGCUGAAAGACUCGAAUCUGCAAAAUCUCAUGAUUAAUAAUUGUGGACUAGAAAAGCUGCCGCAUGAUUUCUUCAAAGGUGCCAAUAUAACUAGAAUUUACCUUAAGCACACAACAUUGGGAUCUUUGCCAGAUGACGUGUUUGCUCCUCUAGAGUCAAGUUUACAUGAAUUAGACCUUUCAAACAAUCAAUUGAAAGGACCAGAUCUGGUGCGCGCCGUACAGUCGCUGAAGGAGCUUAAGAUUCUGAGGGUCAACAACAACCCUCUGGGUUCGCUGUGUGGAUCUGGCCAAUAUUAUUAUAAAGUUGAAUCAGGGUUGCCGAAGAAUCUGCGUCGCUUAGAACUGCGCAACACUAAUGCGACGCGAAUCUGUAGCGAUUGGACCGAGAAUGACUACCUCACUGAAAUAUAUCUGGACAAGAAUAACAUACAAUUUCUAUGGUACAGCAAUUUGAAAAUGAGACGUGCUGAGAAAAAGCCAGUAAAGCUUAGUUUGAAAAAUAAUGGCAACAACAAAAACCCAUUGAAAAUUUUCAUCAACAAAAGCGACUUCAACCAAUGUCGGCAUGAAAGUUUAUCUCAAAAUGGUGGAACUCGUAAGCGCGUACAAGUUAACCUAAUACUGAACUCGUUAGCAUGUGACUGCAAUGCGUACUGGCUUCGCGAGUUGCUGCGCGGUUGCUCGCUAUUUACGCCAGAGGAGCCUAAUCGUGUAAAAUGCACGAGGCCAUCCGGGAUAGCAGUGCCACUUACCGACUACCGUGAAAGCUUAACUUGUUCGUACAGUGGUCCCUGUCCUUCAGUAUGUUCGUGCGAGAAACGGCAGCCCGACAACGCGACGGUGGUGCGGUGUGCGGGUGCGCUGCCACCGGCUCCAAGCUGGCCGCCGGACGCACCUGGCUACCCGGUAGCGUUGCAUGUUGCGCCCGGGACACUGGCUGCUGUGCCGCGCCUCAAGCUCGUAGAACUGCAUGCCCCUAAUAACAAUAUAACAAACAUUGAUAAAGAGGACAUACCUGAAACCUUGCGUGUCCUCGACCUUCGAAACAACAGCAUCGCGCGCAUCACAUCGGCGGCAGCGAAGGCGCUCCUGAGUCUGAGCGAACAUGUCGGCUACAAAGUGUCGCUCGCCGGCAACCAGCUCGCCUGCAGGUGCGAAGACGAAUUUGCGAUCGCGACGCUUCAACGUGCUAAGAUAACCGAUUGGAAUAGGACGCAGUGUGUUGACCGUCACUAUGUUGUCGAUAAGAGGAAACUAUGCAGUAAUGACAAAAUGCUUCCGACAAUGCUUGGAGUCAUAGGCGCUUUGUUUAUUUUGACAUUAGCAGCACUAUUUCUUCUUUGUUUACGGCCCCGCAUUAAUCAAUUCCUCUUUAAUCAUGGUUUAUGCUUAAAAUAUGUCCUGAAAGUUAAAGAUAGGGCUGAUGAUCCUAUGAAAACACACGACGUGUUCAUAUCGUAUUCUCAUAAAGAUUUGGAGUUUUUCAAAAAAUUGAUUGAAAAACUUGAGAGAUACGGCCACUCCACCAUAGAACACUGCCGUGAUUGGCUUCCAGGACAAUCAGUAAUUCAGCAGAUUACUGACUCCGUAAUUAGCGCACGGCGAACUCUGCUGCUUGUGUCCGAUAAUUAUGCUGAAUCAAAGUGGGCUCUAGAAGAGUUCCAUGCCGCGCAUGCACAUGCUAUGGAGCACGGGUCAGCUCGCGUGAUAGUAGUACUAUGUGAAUUACAAUCACUUAAGAAAUUACCAGAGGAACUUCAACUUUACCUUAAACAUAACACGUAUCUUGACUGGAGUGAUCGUUACUUCUGGGACAAGCUGCGGCGAGUCAUGCCCCAGCCACGGGUUGUCCCACCGUCUGUAAAAGGGCAAUCAUUACACGAUAAAGCAGUCACACCUUCCCGAGAAAUAAUUGCCGAUCCUGCCUUGUUGUUAUCGCGGUUAUCUUUGGAUAAUGACCUACCACUUUCUAAGCUGGUACUAGUCGCACCCGUAUAUCAAUCUCAUGAUAGCUCGCAGGAGUCGUCAGGACAAGCUUCGCCCGUUACCCCAGUAGUAACAGAACCCUCACAACUUGGUAUCAAUGAUAAACCAAGUUUCUGUAGUAUUAAUGUAUCAACUCUUGCGUCGAAUAUCCUGCGGGAAUUACCAGCGCCUGUGUUUCAAGCUGCUGUACCCAGCGCUUGUUAGCAAAAAUAUUUUCCAGUGACUUAAGUAUGUAAAUUACUAAUUUAAAAUGCAUUUAUUAUUUAUAUAGAUAGAUAGUAAGAAGUUAGUUACAUUUUAAGAUUCUAUAAGGGAUCAACCAUUAAUGAAUGAAUUAAUAACAUCCCACAAAAUUUCGAUUUUUUAGACCCCCUCUCCCUCUCCCUCAAACACUUUUUCAUGGGCAAAAGAUACGUCUUAAAUACGUACUGUCGCACUUGGCAUGACCCCCUCCCGCCCCUUGUAAUGUUGCUGUGACGUAAUAUGUGGAUGAACCCUAAGUAUCCAUCUUCAAGCCCUUAAAUAUGUACCUACUUAAGAUUUAAGGAUUAGCGUUUGCCCCAAAAACUUUAUAUUUGGUACCAUACCGGUCCUUUCUUCAGUUUAAAAUUUAAAUAUGUAUGCAAUUAAAUAUUAUGUAAUUAAACAUGUUCAGCCUGACAUAAUUACGAUGGUGUCGAUACUCCCGUCAAUUUUUCAGCGUCAAGAGUUAUUGUACUUAAGCCAAACAAAAAUUAAAGUAGGUAAUUACUUGGGUAUUUUUAUACAUACUAGCUUAUUUGCUUAGUAGUUUAGUCUCUAAUUUAUUAAAAAUGUAAAUACAUAUUUGAUUUAAGUGGUCAUUGUUCAAUUUGUUCAUUACACGAAUAAUUAAUUACGUAGGUAAUUGUAUUGAUUAGUCAAGUGAGAUGUUUAUUUAUGGGGUUUUGUCAUAUUAGUUCAUGAGGAUUUUCCUCACUCAUUAUCUCCGUGUGUAAAUUGGUCGUAGAAACAAUAGUUAAUUUCUAAAUUAGCGUCAUGGGAUUCGUGGGUUUAAUGAUAAUGAUAGCGAGCGUUGAGACGAUUUUAAGAACUUUCCUCGUUGUUUUUAUUUUUAUUUUAUUGGUAAGUACAACGUUUCAAAGUUAAUUGAUAAUACCCGGGCACUAAAAUAUAAUGCGUAAUAAAAUUAGUUCGGGUAUUUGUCAUGUAGUCCAUUUGUUUUAUCGGAGUAGGUAGGAAUAUAUAAAUAACUCGCGCCAACCAAAGCGUUAUUAAUGUUAUUAUCAUACAUUACCGAUACGGCGAUAUAAUUAACAAAUGUUACCAGCAAAUGUAAUAACAGAAUCUUCAGCUGUAACUAGGUAUAUAAACGACGUAAAAACGUUUAGUAAAAAGUGUUACAAAUAUGUAUAUUAUAUUUACCAUACAUAUAAUAAAGCUAAUUAAUAACAUCAUAAUUCAUGUUUAUAAAUUUGAUAAGUAGGUAAGUACCUACAUAAUGAAUUUAAGUGUUUCGCCUUUUCAUCUUAAUCAAAUAAUGUUAGAAAAAUAAUAUGUACAAGUUAGAAAAGCAGUAAGUGCCUUAUCAUAACAAUGGUCAUUACAUCUAAGUUUAACACAUUUAUGAAAUAUACAUAUUUAUCUUCUGGUCUCGCUCAAAAAGUGAAUAAAAAAAUUUGUGCAUCAGUUUUUUUAGGGUUCCGUACCCAAAGGGUAAAACGGGACCCUAUUACUAAGACUUCGCUGUCUGUCCGUCCGUCCGUCCGUCCGUCCGUAGUGGCCUAUCCCACAAAACUUACAAUUACAAUUUUACAAGUGUCAAGUUACAAGUUUGUAAUAAUACAAAUGUGCGUACCACAAGUAACAAAUUUGUAGUGGAAAAUUCUUACAAAUAUGUAAAUUGUAUCACAAGUCUACAAUUUGUUGUAUCACAAAACUUUACAUACGCUACAUAUCUUUUCCGGAAAAUGUACUAAUUUGUAGCUGACAAUUGUUUUGUGCUACAUUAAAUUGUAGUAAUAAUUAUACAUAUAUGUAGAAUUGGACCUACAAUUUAACAAUUCUCUAAACGUGUGUCGCACCCUCUUGCUACAAUUGCUACUAUACGAAUACUAGUAAUUGCAGUAGUAUCUUUAUCAUUUUUAGCGAUUCCAACCCUUUGUAUAUAUACCUACCACGAAAUAUUUAGUUCAAGUAGCAGUGAUAGUGAUCCUAGGUGUCAUGAAUUUCAUAUAUACCUACAUACAUAUAUAAUCCCAAUUUUACUUAGCUUUAAUUUAAUUUACGACAUACUCAUAUAUACUGGACAAAAAAAUGCAUAUACUCAAAUUGAGCUUAUCUCCGUACGCCUUUUGCAAUUUUGCCACAUAGUGUCCCUUAAGUAUUUCCAAUCUUUCUCCAUUAUUCCUAAAUCAUUUAAAUUUUGCGCUUUUUCCUUCCAUUUGUUUUACAUAGUGUGCAUCAAUUUAUCACUAAAUUUACUGAAGUUUUUGUUUUCAUUUAUGAGGUUUAUAAUAUAAUGGUCAGUUUAGCUUGCAAAUCCAUUGUAAUGUCAGUUAGUAUGUAAAUGCUCGUAGAUAGAUCAAGAUCACUAUAUAAAUAUAAUUGAUAUAAUUCUUGCGUAUUGCGUAUAAAGUGAAACUACCUUCAACAUUAAAGAAGCAAAAUAAAUUAUUACAUAUUUGUAGUUGUAACAUUACAAUUUUUCGCUCGUAUAUUUACAAAUCAAUAAUUCUACAAUUAUGUAGCUGUCGUGACAUACCUUUAUUCUUUGUGAUACGCUUUAGCAAAAUAGUACAUUACUACAGAG